CUCCCUCCGCCGGCAGCCGGGCUGGGUGGGGUCCUGUUUUCUCUGCAGCGGCGGCGGCGGCUGCACCAGCGAUGCUCGCCCGGCCUCCCGGCUCCUGCUGCUGAUGCGACGCGGGACUCCUGCGCCUCUCCCUCCUCCUGCUGCCGCUCGUCUUCUUGCUCCCCGGCGGCUCUGCAAGCAGCCCCAGCCAGAUAGGUGCUUGUUCCCCCGCCCCAUCGGCCCCCUUCCCUCCCCCUCCCCUCCUGGGCCCUGCUGAAGCUGCCCGGGCCGCCCUCCUCCUCCUCUUGAGGGUCCCAGGAAGCCCCCUGCUGCCGGCCGGCAGUGCAUUGUGUGGGGCUCCCCCACCACUCCCCAAUUCCUGCGAGGCUCCUAUUGCAACGGGCAAGAAACCGAGAGAGAGGUGGGGCUGCUCCCCCCCCCUCCCUUGCCUUCCCGGUGACCUAUUGGGAACUGUUGUUCCAGCUCGGCACCUCUCCCGGGGGGCCUCCCACCAUCUCUGCCUCGUUGGUGGGGCAUCCCUGUACUCUUUGAGCCUUCUUCUCUGCCUCGUUGGACGGGCAUCCCCGAACUCUUUGAGCCUUCUUCUCUGCCUCGUUGGACGGGCAUCCCUGAACUCUUUGAGCCUUCUUCUCUGCCUCGUUGGGCGGGCAUCCCUGAACUCUUUGAGCCUCCUCUGCCUCGUUGGGCGGGCAUCCCUGAACUCUUUGAGCCUUCUUCUCUGCAUUAUUGGGCGGGCAUCCCUGAACCCUUUUAAGCCUCCUCUGCCUCGUUGGACGGGCAUCCCCGAACUCUUUGAGCCUUCUUCUCUGCCUCGUUGGACGGGCAUCCCCGAACUCUUUAAGCCUCCUGGGGUUAUCACCUCUUUCUCAAGAACUCUGUUGAUAUGAUUUCUUAUUAAUAUUAUUAUUAUUCUGCAAUCGCCAGGGUUUUUUUUGCAUCCUCGGCUUUCGUCCGCUUCAGGGAGGAGCAAAAGGAUUGGAUUGGGAAGCUGAGAAUUGUUGUUUUCGGGCCUCCCGCUAUGGCUGGGGAGACAGCAUCUGCCAUGUAAAGUCAGCCCUCCCGGGAGCUUUGGAAGCGGCUGGUUGUCUCUGCCGAGGGAGGGGUCGCUCAGGAGUGGCGGGGGAGGGCGGGGGCCGGGCCGACGAGAUGGCCUGGCCCUGCAUCAGCCGGGCGUGCUGCAUCGCCCGCUUCUGGAACCAGCUGGACAAGGCGGACAUCGCUGUGCCUUUGGUCUUCACCAAGUAUUCCGAAGCCACCGACUUCCCGGGGGCUCCAGUGGUCCUCCAACAGCAGCAGCCGCCGCGCCUCCCAGCGGCCAUCGAAACCCAGCCGGCUGCCCUCAGCGGUGACCAGGAUGGGGUCGCCAGGGUGACCUCUGUCGCUGGGGACCAAGGACCGGGCCCACACAAAACCGGGCCCAAAGACCAGGCCUGUGGUGAUUCGGUCAUGCGCCAGGACUACAAACCCUGGAAAUUCCAGAGGCCAGAGACCAGCUGUAAGCCCAGAUGUGAAUAUCAGCCCUCAGACACUCCCUUCGAGAAGGAGAGCCAGUACCAGAAGGAUUUCCGGGCCUGGCCCAUCCCCAAGAGAGGGGACCACCCUUGGAUCCCCAAACCCCUGCCUAUCCCCCCGGUCGACCUCGACAAGGGGUCCAAGGAAAGAUCCGGCAGCCAAGAGAGGAGGAGGAAGGCUCUCGGGAGCCUGGAGAAGGAGAAGCGGGGAGGGAAGGACGAGGAGGUGGCCAAGGCCAGCAAGCUUGAAGAAGGGCAAGUCAAGAAGACCAAAAAGCGCGUCCACGUCAUGGAAGAUGGGGCUCCACCACAGCAGCCGGGGACCUCCGCGCCAGCAGAGGGCAGCAAAGGACGGGCCGCGGUGGACGCACUCAACCGGCAGAUCAAGGAGGAAGUGACGGCGCGGGUGAGCACCUCUUCCUACAGAAACGAAUUCCGACCUUGGACAGACAUCAAGCCGGUGAAAGCCAUCAGAGCCAAGAGCCAGUACAAACCUCCGGAGGAGAAGAUGGUUCAAGAGACCAGCUAUAGCACCCAGUUUACUGCAGAGAGUGCGAAGCUGAAUCCGGCGGAUAACAAAAUGUUGGAGCGUAGGAGGAUACGCAGCCUUUAUAGCGAGCCCUACAAGGAACUGCCGAAGGUGGAGAAGCCUAGCCCGCAGCCUCCCAAACCAAAAAAGACACCCACGAGCCAUAAACCGCUGAAAAAAGCCAAAGACAAGCAGAUGGCAUCCGGCCGGGCAGCCAAGAAGAAGAGCACCGAAGCCACCAGCGCAGCGAACCCCGAGGACAAAGAGAAGAGCAAAGAGAUGAACAAUAAGUUGGCCGAAGCAAAAGAGUAAAUUUCUCUGCCUUUUAUGUGCUCUCCUUCCUUCCUUCCUUCCUCCUCUCUCUUUCUCUCUUUCUCGCUGCCUCUUUUCUCUUUCUUUUUUGAAGAAUAAUAAAGGCCACAAGAUUAA